CGGGAGGCGGGGAGGGUAGGGGAGCGCAGGCAGAGGAUUUCGCUCGCCGGUGCGGGAUCCCGGACGCGCCGGCGGCACUCGCUAGCAGCAGAGGCUGUCAGUGUCGGAUCCAAGGACGGUGAUGGCAAAGCUUACUUGGGCUGCCUGUCAAACACAAACUGUCACAGAUUAAAUCCCGCUGCCUGCUGUGAAGCCCCUGUGCACUGCAAACUUAGUGAGCGAACUGGGUAAUCAGUGGUUGGAUAUGCAGAUCUCUGAUUUAAAAGGCGGGGUGACCCCCCCGAGAACAUCUCCCAGGGGCCGAAGCCCGCAGGUGCAGUAAGGCGCGCGCGCGCGCGGGUGCUGGCUCCCCCGAAGCCGCUUCGCCCCGCGGGAGGGAGCCGGGGCGCCCGGCGGGGUCUGGCUGCCGCGCACCGGCGGCGGCGGCUCGUCUCUGGCGGCGGCGGAUGAUGGUGGCGGCCGGCGCGCUGGGCUGUGCCUGUGCGUCGCCGCGGAAAUCAGCGCCCGGCGCUGCACACUGAACCCUUGCAGGUCCGCAGCAGCCCCAGCCUUGAGGAGGACAGACCCGGCACGCAGGGACCAAGGACCUGCGCGCAGGGGGGCCAGGGGGCGAGUGGGGUCGGCUUAUCAUGGCGGAUCGGACAGCUCCCAGCUGCCAGCUCCGGCUGGAGUGGGUGUACGGGUACCGGGGUCACCAGUGCCGCAACAACCUGUACUAUACGGCCGGCAAGGAGGUGGUCUACUUUGUGGCUGGGGUCGGCGUGGUGUACAACACCCGCGAGCACAGCCAAAAAUUCUUCUUGGGACACAACGACGACAUUAUCAGCCUUGCCUUACACCCAGAUAAAACUCUCAUUGCAACUGGCCAAGUUGGGAAGGAGCCGUAUAUAUGCAUAUGGGAUUCCUAUAAUGUCCAGACUGUGUCUAUUCUCAAAGAUGUUCACACACAUGGAGUUGCCUGCUUGGCUUUCGACUCAGAUGGACAGCGUUUAGCCUCUGUGGGACUGGAUGCCAAAAACACUGUCUGCAUUUGGGAUUGGAGGAAGGGAAAACUUCUGGCUUCAGCCACUGGCCAUUCGGACCGGAUUUUUGAUAUUUCCUGGGAUCCAUAUCAGCCAAACAGAGUGGUUAGCUGUGGAGUAAAACAUAUAAAGUUUUGGACACUAUGUGGAAAUGCCCUAACUGCAAAAAGAGGAAUAUUUGGCAAAACGGGGGAUCUUCAGACCAUCCUUUGCCUUGCAUGUGCCAAAGAAGACGUCACCUACUCUGGUGCUUUAAACGGUGACAUCUAUGUCUGGAAAGGGCUCAACUUAGUCCGUACCAUUCAAGGCGCACACAGUGCUGGAAUAUUUAGCAUGUAUGCUUGCGAAGAAGGCUUUGCCACUGGUGGGCGAGAUGGGUGUAUACGAUUAUGGGAUACUGAUUUCAAACCAAUAACCAAAAUUGAUCUCAGGGAGACAGAACAAGGAUAUAAAGGCCUCUCUAUCCGGAGCGUGUGCUGGAGAGCAGACCGCCUUCUAGCUGGGACCCAGGACAGUGAGAUAUUUGAAGUGAUCGUGCGAGAGCGAGACAAGCCAAUGCUGAUCCUGCAGGGCCACUGUGAGGGGGAGCUCUGGGCCCUGGCCCUGCACCCCAAGAAGCCUCUGGCUGUGACAGGCAGUGACGACCGCUCUGUCAGGCUGUGGAGCCUGGCUGACCACGCCCUGAUAGCCCGCUGUAACAUGGAGGAAGCAGUUCGCAGUGUCGCCUUUAGCCCUGACGGGUCUCAGCUGGCCCUGGGCAUGAAGGAUGGCUCUUUCAUCGUUCUCCGAGUCAGAGAUAUGACAGAAGUGGUUCAUAUCAAAGAUCGGAAAGAAGUCAUUCAUGAAAUGAAAUUUUCUCCAGAUGGUUCUUACCUAGCAGUGGGAUCCAAUGAUGGCCCAGUGGACAUCUAUGCGGUUGCCCAGCGGUACAAGAAAAUAGGAGAGUGCAACAAGUCCCUUAGCUUUAUUACGCACAUUGACUGGUCCUUGGAUAGCAAAUACUUGCAAACUAAUGAUGGUGCAGGAGAGCGAUUGUUCUACAAAAUGCCAUCUGGGAAGCCUUUAACAAGUAAAGAAGAAAUCAAAGGGAUUCCCUGGGCAUCCUGGACAUGUGUAAAAGGGCCUGAAGUGAGUGGAAUUUGGCCUAAAUACACUGAGGUUACUGACAUCAACUCAGUGGAUGCAAAUUAUAAUAGUUCAGUGCUGGUGUCUGGAGAUGAUUUUGGACUGGUCAAGUUGUUUAAAUUUCCUUGUCUCAAGAAAGGAGCCAAAUUUAGAAAAUAUGUGGGCCAUUCUGCACAUGUCACAAACGUCCGCUGGUCCCAUGACUGUCAGUGGGUGUUAAGUACGGGAGGGGCCGACCACUCGGUUUUCCAGUGGAGGUUUAUUCCAGAAGGUGUCAGCAACGGCAUGCUGGAAACCGCUCCCCAGGAAGGUGGCACUGAUUCCUAUAGUGAAGAAUCUGAUUCAGAUUUAUCUGAUGUGCCCGAGUUGGACUCUGAUAUUGAGCAAGAAACUCAAAUCAAUUAUGAUCGCCAGGUUUACAAAGAAGAUCUACCUCAGCUAAAGCAACAAAGUAAAGAGAAAAACCAUGCAGUGCCCUUCCUCAAACGGGAAAAGGCUCCUGAGGACAGCUUGAAGCUCCAGUUCAUACACGGUUACAGAGGCUACGACUGUAGAAACAAUCUGUUCUACACUCAAGCUGGGGAGGUGGUCUACCACAUUGCUGCCGUUGCUGUCGUCUACAACAGGCAACAACAUUCCCAAAGGCUGUACCUGGGGCACGACGAUGAUAUUCUUAGCCUGACUAUCCAUCCGGUGAAGGACUAUGUGGCCACUGGACAGGUUGGAAGAGAUGCUGCUAUUCAUGUGUGGGACACACAGACUCUAAAAUGUUUGUCACUCUUGAAAGGACAACAUCAGAGAGGGGUGUGUGCACUUGAUUUUUCAGCUGAUGGAAAAUGUCUGGUGUCGGUUGGUUUAGACGAUUUUCACAGUAUUGUAUUUUGGGACUGGAAAAAGGGAGAAAAGAUAGCCACCACAAGAGGACAUAAAGAUAAAAUAUUUGUGGUAAAGUGUAAUCCACACCAUGUUGACAAGCUGGUUACAGUUGGGAUGAAGCACAUCAAAUUCUGGCAACAAGCAGGUGGAGGCUUCACCUCUAAAAGAGGAAUUUUUGGAAGUGUCGGAAAACUGGAAACAAUGAUGUGCGUUUCUUAUGGACGGAUGGAAGACCUAGUGUUCUCAGGAGCAGCCACUGGAGAUAUUUUUAUCUGGAAAGAUGUCUUACUCCUGAAGACAGUGAAAGCUCACGAUGGGCCUGUGUUUGCUAUGUAUGCAUUGGAUAAGGGCUUUGUAACCGGUGGAAAAGAUGGAAUCGUGGAGCUCUGGGAUGAUAUGUUUGAGAGAUGCUUGAAGACUUAUGCCAUUAAAAGAGCAGCAUUGUCAACUAGCUCGAAAGGCCUGCUUUUGGAAGAUAACCCUUCCAUUCGUGCCAUCACUCUGGGACAUGGACACAUCCUGGUGGGAACAAAAAAUGGAGAGAUUCUGGAAAUCGAUAAGAGUGGCCCAAUGACACUGCUGGUUCAGGGGCACAUGGAGGGAGAAGUGUGGGGAUUGGCAGCUCACCCUCUCCUGCCCAUCUGUGCAACAGUGAGUGAUGACAAAACGCUUCGGAUCUGGGAAUUAUCCUCGCAGCACCGCAUGCUGGCAGUACGGAAACUCAAAAAAGGCGGAAGAUGCUGUGCCUUCUCCCCUGAUGGGAAAGCCUUAGCGGUGGGCCUGAAUGACGGGAGUUUCCUGGUGGUAAAUGCUGAUACUGUUGAAGACAUGGUCUCCUUCCAUCACAGAAAAGAAAUGAUCUCUGAUAUUAAAUUUUCAAAAGAUACAGGAAAAUACCUAGCUGUGGCAUCCCAUGAUAACUUUGUGGAUAUUUACAAUGUACUGACGAGCAAGAGGGUUGGCAUCUGUAAAGGAGCUUCUAGUUACAUUACACAUAUUGACUGGGAUUCUAGAGGAAAAUUAUUGCAAGUUAAUUCUGGUGCCAAAGAACAGCUUUUUUUUGAAGCUCCAAGAGGCAAAAGGCAUAUUAUAAGACCUUCAGAGAUAGAGAAGAUAGAAUGGGACUCAUGGACCUGUGUUCUGGGGCCCACCUGUGAGGGAAUCUGGCCGGUACAUAGCGAUGUGACAGAUGUCAACGCUGCCAGUCUCACCAAAGACUGUUCCCUCCUGGCCACCGGAGAUGAUUUUGGUUUUGUUAAGCUUUUUUCAUAUCCUGUCAAGGGGCAGCAUGCAAGAUUCAAGAAGUACGUGGGGCAUAGCGCACAUGUCACUAAUGUGAGAUGGCUGCACAAUGACUCUGUGCUGCUCACGGUGGGCGGCGCCGACACAGCCUUGAUGAUCUGGACCAGGGAGUUUGUGGGGACCCAGGAGAGCAAGCUGGUAGACAGUGAGGAGUCUGACACUGAUGCGGAGGAGGAUGGAGGUUAUGACAGUGAUGUCGCUCGAGAGAAGGCCAUUGACUAUACCACCAAGAUCUAUGCCGUGAGCAUCAGAGAAAUGGAAGGCACCAAACCACACCAGCAGAUGAAAGAAGUGUCCAUGGAAGAAAGACCACCAGUUAGCCGAGCAGCUCCCCAGCCUGAGAAACUCCAGAAGAACAAUAUUACCAAAAAAAAGAAGCUGGUUGAGGAGCUGGCUCUGGACCACGUGUUUGGCUAUAGAGGAUUUGACUGCCGCAACAACCUACAUUACCUUAACGACGGGGCCGACAUCAUCUUCCACACAGCAGCGGCUGGCAUCGUCCAGAACCUCUCCACAGGCAGCCAGAGCUUCUACCUGGAGCACACAGAUGACAUCCUCUGCCUUACAGUGAACCAGCACCCCAAGUACAGAAAUGUGGUGGCUACCAGCCAGAUAGGAACAACACCUUCAAUCCACAUAUGGGACGCCAUGACCAAACACACUCUCUCCAUGCUGCGGUGCUUCCAUUCCAAGGGGGUGAAUUAUGUCAACUUCAGUGCCACUGGAAAGCUGCUGGUGUCUGUGGGAGUGGACCCUGAGCACACCAUCACUGUCUGGCGAUGGCAGGAAGGUGCCAAGGUUGCCAGCCGAGGGGGUCACCUGGAACGCAUAUUUGUGGUGGAAUUUCGCCCUGACUCAGACACACAGUUUGUAUCUGUUGGGGUCAAACACAUGAAGUUCUGGACCCUGGCAGGCAGCGCCUUGCUUUACAAGAAAGGGGUCAUUGGGUCCAUGGAGGCUGCCAAGAUGCAGACGAUGCUGUCAGUGGCCUUCGGUGCUAACAACCUCACUUUCACGGGUGCCAUCAAUGGAGAUGUCUAUGUCUGGAAGGACCACUUUCUCAUCCGACUGGUGGCCAAGGCACACACAGGCCCCGUGUUCACAAUGUACACCACUCUCCGGGACGGACUCAUCGUGACUGGUGGGAAAGAGCGACCGACUAAAGAAGGAGGUGCCGUAAAAUUGUGGGACCAGGAGAUGAAACGCUGUCGGGCCUUCCAGCUGGAGACUGGACAGUUGGUGGAGUGUGUGCGUUCCGUGUGCCGUGGCAAGGGAAAAAUUUUAGUAGGAACCAAAGAUGGAGAAAUAAUUGAAGUUGGUGAAAAAAAUGCUGCUUCUAACAUCCUGAUUGAUGGACACAUGGAGGGGGAGAUCUGGGGACUGGCCACACACCCCUCAAAGGACAUCUUCAUCUCUGCCAGCAAUGAUGGUACAGCCCGGAUCUGGGACCUGGCUGACAAGAAGCUGCUCAACAAGGUGAACCUGGGCCAUGCAGCCAGGUGUGCAGCCUACAGCCCUGACGGGGAGAUGGUGGCCAUUGGCAUGAAGAACGGAGAGUUUGUCAUCUUGUUGGUGAACAGCCUGAAAGUUUGGGGGAAAAAACGAGACCGGAAAUCUGCCAUCCAAGAUAUCAGAAUCAGCCCAGACAACCGAUUCUUAGCUGUUGGUUCUUCUGAGCACACAGUUGACUUCUAUGACCUCACUCAGGGCACAAGUCUGAACCGCACUGGCUACUGCAGAGAUAUCCCAAGCUUUGUCCUGCAGAUGGACUUUUCUGCGGAUAGCAAAUACAUUCAGGUGUCAACAGGAGCCUAUAAGCGCCAGGUACAUGAAGUUCCCUUGGGGAAGCAGGUAACUGAAGCUGUGGUCAUUGAGAAGAUCACCUGGGCUUCCUGGACAAGCAUCCUAGGAGACGAAGUCAUUGGCAUUUGGCCAAGAAAUGCAGACAAGGCUGAUGUCAAUUGUGCGUGUGUAACUCAUGCUGGCCUGAACAUUGUCACAGGAGAUGAUUUUGGGCUGGUGAAGCUGUUUGAUUUUCCAUGCACAGAAAAAUUUGCCAAACAUAAACGUUACUUUGGUCACUCGGCUCACGUGACAAAUAUCCGUUUCUCUUACGAUGACAAGUAUGUGGUCAGCACUGGAGGAGAUGACUGCAGUGUAUUCGUGUGGCGAUGUCUGUAAAUGCCAGAUAUCUCUUAUAAUAGUUACAAUUGCUGCUACUGCUACCACCCAGCAAAUGCAGAGGCAGUGCCGAGGCUGCACCUUGAUGCUAAGCUGCUGGGAAAUGCCUAUCUAUGAUGCUGCGGGCACGCACAAGCUCCAAAUGCUAGUCCAGUCGUAUGACUGCUCCCAUAAUCUGGACUCUCCAAAACUGUGAUGCCAAGAGGGAAGGUAAAGUUCUAAAAUGUAAAGACUGCUAGUCUCUCUCCGUGAGAUUAAAAACUAUAAGUACUAACUACAUUGACAAGUCCUGAUGGUAUAGCCCAAUAACAAAAUUUAAAGCCUCAGUUACCCUAACCAAUAUGUAGCUUUUAAUUUGCAUCAAAACUUUUACAAAAGAUGUUUUGCUAUUAUUUCUAUAAUACUUCAAGAAUGUUCAUUUUUACAAAUAAUUUGAACACAGCUUAAGUUAGAUGCACUGAAGUACUAGAAAUAGCCUGUUCUCCACAUCUAGCUUUCAAUACCAAAUGAGCCAUGUUAUAAACAAGUUGAGAAACUUAAUUUUUUAAUGUUUCCUUUGCAGUUUUAUAUCCAUUAAGUGCCUUUGAAAGUUUCCAGUGUGUGGGCUGCUGUCUCACCUCCCACAAAGUUUAUCUCCUUUCUACAUAUGGUGCUAAAACUUCAAAACUGAGGAGGGCUACAGGACCCUUAGCAGAUUCAUUCUGUCACCCAUGUCCUGUGUUUGUCAAGGCUUUGUAAAUGAGAGACAUUAGUUAACUACAUGGGAAAAAAUGGUUAUAAGGAAGGUGAGCAGCAAAGGAACUUAAGUUCUGCAGGAAGUAGAAUGAAUUUUCAUUAUGUUAGUGCCAAACCUAUAAAAUCCAAACUAGAAAUCUAAUAAAACAAACCUCUACUACAAACAGAAAAGGAAAACAAACAAAACUCAAGUACGACCAAGUGGAUGAGCUGAUUUGUCUUAUUAAAUCUUAAAAUGGUAACAUAUGCGGUGACCUGAAGCUACACCUUGGUUUACCAUUGCUGGAGUGGGGUCAAGGCAACUCCACUGGUUUGGUUCAGGUGAACUAUGUCAAGUCCAGAUUUUCAAAUUCUGCAAAACAAAUUCCUAAGUCCCAAGAAUAUUUGAUGAAUCAAAAUUAUGAAAGAAAAUAACAGCUUGGAGUUCCUGAGAUAGUUGUCCAACAGAACGUGUUUGGACAUUAACUUGAAGUCAUCCCUGAAGCCCCUCAAGUCAUACUUUUACAUAGUCAAUUACUGUCGGAUGGGGCUGACAGCAUUCACUGAGAGGAAAGGUGGCUCUAAGCACAGACACCAACUGGUCCUGCCAGUCAGUGCACCAAAAUUCUGGAACUUGAGUUCCUGGCUAUUUGCAGUCAGUUUAGAGAAAAGGUGAAAUGAAGCAUUUUCAAUUAAAGAAUAGAUUAACAUUUACCACAAAAGUGCUUCAGCAUUCUAAAUGGAUUAGAUUACUCAUUAAGUUAUUUUUAUAUGCCAAUUUAUUAAUGCCUUACAUUAAUCCACUAAUAGGUUGUUGGGCCCACAGUAGAGUCCCUAUGCAGUUCUAAUUGUUUUUUGUAACCAUGUGACUGGUGAUGCUGAGUGAUAACCAUGUCUGCCUAUUAUACUGUACUACUGACCUUUCAUACUAAAUUGGAUCUUGUAUUCAAAUAACCAUGUGGACAAAAAAAAUGAACUGAUAAGUGAUAUGUACAACUAUUUAAAGAGCAAUAGUGUCUGUGUCAAGAAAACUUCUUACAUCUUAUUUGUAAACAUUUAUAUGGUAUAAUUUUAUGUAUGUUCAUAAAAUCCUGCACUGUAUUCUACAUGUUAAAAUAUUGGUGCAUGAAUUUAUUUUCAAAGUAUAAAAUUUAAAAACAUUUUGAUGUCAAA